AUGCAGUCAUCACUAUCCGCUAUGACCGGAUUCGACGCUGUUGGUGUUCGAAAUCAGCCGCUUUUGGAUGUUCCACCUCCGCUUCCGCCACGGCUCUACUGCACCACAAGCACAUCUCAGUGUCAUUUCGAACCUUCAUCAUCGAGAGCUUCUUCUCAUCAACAGGUAGCAACAAAGUGUAUCGAUGAGUAUCACUUAUUUCCGUGCGCCCGUAACGUGCCACAUAGUGAUUUUGAUGCGAAUUCAGUUGGAUUUGUUGACAUUCAAGAACUAAGGGAGCUUGAUGACUCGGAUGGCGUCUCACUCACUUCGCUGCCCGUACCCGUACGUCCACGAACAAGAAAACGAAAACCGCUUGAUUCGUUGCGAAAACUGAUCCCCGAAUGCUGUAGAACAUCUCGUCGCUACGGCACUUUGAAUUCUGCGAUUAAAAAUUCUACGCAAGACCAUAAUUGCUUAGAGAUUGAUUUGAUGUGUCUCAAACUUUGCUUGGUUUUCCUUCUUCUCGCUCUUCUGGCUUGUAGCGCUGUUUCGUUGUCGACGGAAACGAAGAAGUCCUUAGAAAAGGGUCUUCGUGGCAAGACUCUCGAGCAGCGGAAAGCUAGACUACAAAAUCUUUCCGCAUUGUACUUCGGUAACAGAAAAAAAGCAGUCGCUUCAUCCGGAGCAAAGAAUUCUUCUGAAGCAGCUUCAGAACUAAAUAGUGAGUCCGGGAUAGAAGAGAUUAACGUGAAAGGAGGUGCUGCUGAAUACCUUUUUGAAGCGGACAUUAAUUUAUCCGAGGAACAAUUGGAUUUGCUUGAAAAAAGUAUCUCAACAAAUACAAACACACGUACGAAACGUCAAGUGGCGAAAUAUGCUACUCUAUGGCCCGAUAAUACCGUCUACUACUACUUCGAUCCUGCUUUAGAUGAACGACGUCGUUAUAUCACUAAAUUGUCAUUAAAUUUCCUACAAUCUCGCACAUGUAUUAAAUUCGUUCAAAGUGAGACCGCAGUGAAUCGAAUUCGCGUAUUUAAUGGAUCCGGAUGUUAUUCAAGUGUUGGUAUGGUGGGCGGAGUCCAAGAUUUAUCAUUGGCGAAUUGGUGUGGUGAGAUAGGUCUCACCGGACACGAAUUCAUUCACUCCUUAGGAGUAUGGCAUAUGCAAAUGCGUGAUGAUCGUGACAGUUACAUAACUGUUAAUUUGACAAAUGUACCGGAAGACAUGCAUGGGAACUUUGUAAAAGUACCCUCCGAUCAAGUCAUAAACUAUACGCCGUACGAGUAUGGAAGUGAUAUGCAUUACGGGUCGAAUACAUUUGCUACUGCUGGCGCUAACUCGAUGAUUCCUCUUGAAGGACGUUUUUUGCGCACUCUCGGCACACGAGUGAUCUCUUUCUACGAUAUCAAAACAAUCAAUGAUCAUUACAAAUGCAUUGAUCAAUGUAAAGUUGCACCCGCUGCGUGCACUAAUGGAGGAGAGCCAAAUCCAACAAAUUGUGGCGUUUGUAACUGCCCAUCCGGAUACGCUGGAAAUCUCUGCAAGCAGAGGCCGUCUGGUUGUGGUGCAACGCUUAAUGCGACUGCUCUCUGGAAAGUGCAACAGUUUACGUUCGGGAACGCCUCAGUGACUACAGCUCGGGACCAGUAUUUACUCUGUAAUCAUUGGAUAAGUGCACCCGCAGGAAAAAAGGUACAAGUUCGGGUCACAUAUAUAAAAGAUCCAAAAUGUCAAGUUGGUUGCCGACUUAACUCGAUUGAACCAAAAAUCAAAGCCGAUAAGAGGAUUACAAAUGCUAGGAUAUGCUGCAACGAUUUGUUGAAUUACAUUCUCACCAGCAAUCUCAAUCCAACUCCAAUCUUAUUAUUAUUAUUAUUAUUAUUAUUAUUAUUAUUAUUAUUAUUAUUAUUAUUAUUAUUAUUAUUAUUAUUAUUAUUAUUAUUAUUAUUAUUAUUAUUAUUAUUAUUGCUAUGUGUGGAAUGUGUGGAACCUUGUCUCCUCUACGGCUGUGAAACUUGGGCUACAAGAAGCAAAGAUCUCAAGGCGCUACAGAUAGCUCAACGGCAAAUAAUGAGAAGAAUGCUCGGUGUAACUCUUCUUAUGCAUCGUACGAACUUGUGGCUGGAAAAUACUGCAAAACUCCCAGAUAUCAGGGCUAGAGCGAUUGAAAGAAAGUGGUCAUGGGCCAGAAAAAUGUGUACUGCAAAGGACAACCGAUGGACGAAGAUGAUUACCGAAUGGAGACCAUGGAUUUGGAAACGACAAGUUGGCCGACCAAAAACAAGAUGGAGAGAUUCGUUCGUAUCGGACUUUGGAGAAACAUGGAUGCGAACCGCUACUACUGAUGUGAGCAGAUGGAGACAAAGCAUGCAACGACACAUUGUAACAUUGUGA